UACUUCUUUAAGUGUCAAAUUUGCAAUAGCUGCUUGUGCGUGAAUUUUGCAUGUCAUCGAAUUAAACAAAGUUUUGUACUCAUUUCAAUAAUCCAAUUAAAUUUUAAUUUAAAACAACAAUGUUGAACGUCCAAGGCAACUUCCCUGAGUACGCGGUACCCGGCGCCGUGCAGCAUCGCUUCGAGCCGUACGCCGACAACGGCGGCAGCGUAGUCGCGAUCGCCGGCGAUGACUAUGCGGUGAUCGGAGCGGACACCCGGCUGAGCACGGGCUUCUCCAUCUACACACGCGAGCAGAAGAAGCUGUUCCAGUUGUCGUCGCGCACGGUGCUGGGCGCGACGGGCUGCUGGUGCGACACGCUGACGCUCACGAGACUGCUCGCGGCGCGCAUGCAGAUGUACGAGCAGGAGCACAACAAGCCCAUGACGACGCCCGCGGUGGCGCAGAUGCUCUCCACCAUGCUGUACUACAAACGGUUCUUCCCAUACUACAUCUCUAAUGUUCUGGCUGGCUUGGACGGAGAGGGCAAGGGUUGUGUGUACAGCUACGACCCCAUCGGGCACUGCGAGCGCUCCAACUACCGCGCCGGCGGCUCCGCGGGCGCUCAGUUGCAGCCCCUCCUUGAUAACCAGAUUGGUCUGAAGAACAUGCAAAAUGUAACUGAAGCACCUCUGCCUAGGGAAAAAGCUCUAGCUCUCGUCAAGGAUGUAUUCAUCAGUGCGGCGGAGAGAGACAUCUACACAGGGGACAGCAUUUAUAUCCUCAUUAUCACAGCAAAUGGUAUUCAAGAGGAGAAAUUUGCUCUGCGUAGAGAUUAAGUACUAUUACUAUAUUACAAAAUAAUGAAUGAAAAAUUGUAUUGUAUGCAAACCUUGUGAUAGGUAUUUUUAAAUAAAUAACAUACAUAACAAAAUAA